ACUGGUUUUAAAGAUCACACUGCAUUGCUAAACUGCUGUUGUGGAAAUAAUCACAGUUUUUGACAUAGAAAACUUGAAAAUUCUGAAAUAAAAUCACAUUCGAAGAGAGACAUUUUUACUGUUAAGAGGAUCCGAUUCUUCAAAAGGAGAUCUGUGGAUUUUACCGAGGACUUGUGCACACAUUAACAAUAAACUAAACAUUCCUGAAAACAAAUUCAUUGCAGCUGUACCUAAAUGAAGUCAGACUCAAUUGCAAUGAUGGACCAUCCUGGAAAAAUACAGAAUAAACAAGAUACAGUGUGUAUAUUUGGGACAGGUGACUUUGGACGCUCAUUGGGGCUUUGUUUGCUUCAGUCGGGGUACAAUGUUGUAUAUGGAUCCCGAGACCCUAAAAACUCUUCAUUGCUGCCCAAGGGAUCAAAGGUCAUGUCUCAUGCUGCAGCAGCUCACGAGGCACAUGUGAUUUUCGUGGCUGUACAGAGGGAGCACUAUGGAUUUUUGAAUUCCCUGGCUUCUGAUCUUGAGGGAAAGGUGCUGGUAGACAUCAGCAAUAAUGUCAAGAGGGGGUUGUACCCAGAAUCUAAUGCAGAGUACCUGAGCAGGCUGAUUCCAGGGGCAACUGUGGUCAAAGCCUUCAACACCAUCUCAGCCUGGGCACUGCAGUCUGGGGGACUAGAUGCCAACAGACAGGUACUUAUAUGUGGAGACCGGGCAGAUGCUAAACAGCUAGUGGUAGACAUCGCUCAGAGUCUUGGUUUCACUGCCCUGGACAGAGGCUCCCUCAGAGCAGCUGCUGAGCUUGAAGACGUGCCUCUGCAACUCUUUCCUCUCUGGAGACUUCCUCUCUACAUCGCCACUGGUCUAUCCGCUUUUAUCUUCUUCUAUGUGCUCACAAGAUCUGUUAUCUAUGAGCGUGUGACCAAUGGAAAAGACAUCGCUUUUCGCAUCAUGAUCUCAUUAGCCAAUAAGGUCUUUCCCAUUGUUUCCUUGGUGAUGUUGUCCCUCUGUUACCUGCCGGGUGCAUUGGCUGGAUUGCUGCAGCUUUAUAAUGGCACAAAAUACCGUCGCUUCCCUAACUGGCUGGAUCGCUGGAUGCUGUGCAGGAAGCAACUGGGACUGGUAGCUCUGGCCUUCGGUUUUCUGCAUGUUCUCUACACCUUAGUUAUUCCCAUCAGAUACUAUGUGCGCUACAGGAUAAAUGCCUACGUUCUAACACUGGUUAAAGAUAAUAAAACCUACGAGUUUGACAACACAGCAGCCUGGCGUUAUGACUCCUACUAUUCCAUGGGAAUCCUUGGAUUUAGCCUGUUUCUCCUGUUAGGAAUUACAUCCCUUCCAUCUGUUAGCAACUCUCUGAAUUGGAGGGAGUUCCGUUUUGUACAGUCUAAACUGGGCUACAUCACAUUGCUGCUCUGUACCGUGCACACAUUCCUGUAUGGCUGGGAUAGAUUUCUGAAGACUACAUCAUAUAAAUGGUGGAUGCCUCCUGCGUACAUGCUGUCUCUGGUGGUCCCAUGUGUGGUUUUGAUCCUGAAGUUAAUCCUGAUCACUCCAUGUGUAGACCGCAAGGUCACCCGUAUCCGUCAAGGCUGGGAGAGACAGAGCAAGAUUUUAGUAAAUUGCAGAGACACAAAGACCAGCCAUCCACUCAUAGCAUAGUCCAAAACCAAUAAAAUUAUCUUUCACCUUUAUUAAAACUGAGUGUUGGACUUGCCCUAAACAUUAUUGCUCCUGAAAUUGAGGCUGUCUUUGAAUGUUGCCUGUUUAAUGAAACAGUUCCCGAUCAUGGUUAAAAGUCCAGCUUUGGUCUAUAGAUAUCUAUACUGGUCCAGGCUAGUUUAUGCUGGUUUGGUGCUUGUCCAGCUGGUGGAUAAGGAUAUCCAUGCUGUUCACUAGAAAGAAAUCAGGCUUUAUGGUGAAGUAGUUUGACUACGAGGCCUUUCACAAUGCAAGCGUCCUUGCACUUAAAAAUCUAUACACAGCUAUACACUUUUAAAUUGAAAGUGUCCAAAAAAUGCGGAAUUCCUGCAAGAAAAACUGAAAACACAGCGAGACACUGUGCAAGGGUCGCUGUGUAUCUAGCACAUGUUUACAUAGGAAAACAAUUGAAAAACUGUGAGAACGGACACAAAAACACAUUCGGUGUGAAUGACCCCUCAUGAAGUCUUCCCGGUUAAGCACACCUUUCUGGUGAACAGCAGUUUUAAAUAACAGUUAACCAACCGUGGGACAGACAGUUUACACUUGGGCAAUAAGUAAAUGCAUACAUAUUUUACGAUCAUAGUUUCACAGUGCUUUACAACAUAACCAAUCCAUAUCAUCUGUGUUCAUGUCAGAAAUCUUCUAUCUUUUUUAAAGAAUACAAAGCUAGCAAAGGUGGACAUUUUCGAGGUGCGCUUUUAUUAAAUUGUGCUUUUCUGUAUUGUAAGUACUUUCACUUGUCUUUUUUACUACUUGCUCCUCUGAGCAAUUUCACCUCAAGAGCCUCCCAGUGGGCUUUUCUCUUUAGAUAUUAUUGAUCUGAAACUUAUCAGCAACUUCCUUCUUGAUCUGUUUCUGGGUCUGGGCUUUCCUGUCUGCAGGAAGCUCAUCUUUCUCUCUCUUGUGAAGUAUAAAGGACCUGUCAAUCACUUUGGCAUUCAAGUACCUCCAUUGGUGGAUGGGCUUUUCUGUAUAGUGCUUUUAUGAAGAAUUGCAGGUUGCAGAGUGUAUCUCAAACCAAAAUAGCAAAGCACAUUUUGUGCCGGAUGUUACUGUGCAAUGCCUGUGUGUACACUAUUGAGAAAACUUACAACUUUCCUUUUUCUAAACACAAAGCAUUGUGAAAUUGUUUUUUUUUUCUCUCAAUAAAGACUGGAUAUUCA